UAAAUAAAAAAAAGCAGUGUCUUAACCUUCAAUAAUUUUCUGCCUUCAUCAAGUUAGGCUAUAAUUUAAGUUUGACAUAAGUGAGUGAUGUCGUGAUGUGUAAACUAUGAUGAAUUUUACAAAGUUAAACCGAUUUUAACCAUUUUUUAUAAAUGCAAAAACUUUUGAUGACUUUUUUAUUAUAUGUAUAGCUUGUAAUCAACUUGACGGUUCGUGUGCCCACGUAUCCGAAAAACCGAAUAAAUGGACCUUUGUAAGCAGUUUGCGAAAAUGUCAACCAGUAUAAGUUUUGGACAAAGUUUGUGUAUGUACAAAAUGGUAACGAAUAAAUAAUAAGUGUCUUACUGGCAACAUGUUGAGUUCCAACAAUGCAGAGUGCAUUACUUUGUUGGCAGCUUCUGUUUCUGUUGAAAGUAUGGAAACUAGUGGCAUUAGAAAUGCAUCAUCAGAACCCAUAGUUGUAAAUAAUGAUAUGAAUGUUAGGCUGAAUCAGUCUGUAGAAAAAAGUGCUGUAGAAUCUCCUAACCAACAUGUCUGUGAUAAAUCCAAACAAAGCUUGGUGUUGAAAAAAAGUCAGAAGGAAAAUAAUGACCUUUCUGACAUUGAGGUACCAAAGCCAGGAACUUUGGUUCCACCAAAGAUUGUCAAAAAAGCUGGUCCAUACAUACUGGGGCCAAUCAUGGGCUCAUCACCAGUUAAAAGUAUUAUACAAUGUUUGGCGAGAAGAGAGGGAACGGAUAAAUUUUAUACCAUGAAGAUUUUGACUUUAAAGGAUUCCAUGCAACAUGAGACUCAGGAUGACAGGCAAGGAAAGAUGUUGCUUCAUUCUGAAUAUUCUUUGCUGAGUCUUUUACAAAACCAAGAUGGAGUUGUGCACCAUCAUGGUUUUUUUAAGGAUUGUGCUUUGGAGGAAGAGGUCACGAGUUCUGGAAAUUCUGUAUAUACUGGUAAAACUAGGCAAAGGCUGUGUCUAGUACUUGACUACUUGGCGUGUCAUGAAUUCAGUGGCGAUGAGUUCAUAAUACUGCAGCACUAUGUUAUAAGAGAAAAGAAGUUGACUGAAAAAGAGAGUCUUUUUAUAUUUUUUGAUACUGUAAGAAUCGUAGCGUGUUUACAUGAAAAAAAUGUGGUGCACAGAGAUCUUAAACUAGGUAAUCUAGUUUUGAAUCGACAAACGAGAAAGGUAACCAUCACCAACUUUUGUUUAGGCAAACAUUUGGCCAGUGAGAGUGAUUUGCUAAAAGAUCAAAGAGGAUCUCCUGCUUACAUUUCUCCAGAUGUAUUGUGUGGAAAGCCAUAUCUUGGAAAACCUUCAGACAUGUGGGCUUUAGGGGUUGUAUUGUAUACAAUGUUAUAUGGGCAAUUUCCGUUUUAUGAUAGUAAUCCCACACAAUUAUUUAAUAAAAUUAAAGCUGCCAAUUACUGCUUACCAGCUGAUGGUAGAAUUUCCGAUGCAACUGUUUCGUUAAUCAAGAACUUAUUGAACCUUCAACCAAGCAAACGCUUUACUGCGAUCCAAGUGCUUGACAAAUUAUCUUUAAUAAUAUCAACAUUCAAAGUGCCUGCUCCAAUUGGAGAAGAAGAAGAUCAAGUUGUGCCUGAUAUAGAUUACAGAAUCAGCAGUAAAAUAGCAAGGAAAGGAAUAUCAGAACUUUGUAGAGAAGCGUUUGUCAAUCCAAGUGAAUCAAAGAAUCUUGAUGUAAACGAGGAAGUUACUAACGAUAAACCAAGUGCACUCGCACCUCAACAUAAACCUUACAAUCAAAUUCCUGUUUAUCGGAUUGAUUCAGAUGCUAGGGAACUAACUGCAGAAGAAUUGAAUAAAUAUAAACAUUUGAUACCACGAGAAAGCCAGCGUCAGCAUCCAUACAACCCGAAUAACAGAAACGACGGAUCGGCGACGAGGAUGAGAAGUUGCCUAAGGACUAGAAACAGUGGAGGGAAUCACAUUAACGCUCAGGCUGGGGACUAUUCUGUGAACCAAAGGCCUCAGUCAUCUAAUGAUGGUAGUGGCGCCAGCAGCAGCAGCAGUACAAACAGUGGCAAUGCAAAUAGUAGCAAUUUAGGAAGGUUCUUGCAAGCUACGGUACCUAUGUCGUCGCAAAUGAUCCAAAGGCAGGCAUACGUGGCCAAUAAUGUGAUGGAUGUGCCCUUGACCUCAAGUAGACCAUCAAGGGUCACUUUUAACGAUGUGCCAAUGAUAGCAGAGUACAACAGGCAUUCAAAUUUAUCGGCCGUGGUCAAUAGGAACCAAAUGUCUUCAGCGCCAAAUUACAGGCCGUGGUUACCUAUGGACAUCCAAGAGAAUCAGCUGGCUCCAACUGCAGCGGAAAAUCCAGACAUCAAUACCAAUUCAAACUUGGCACUUAGAUUGAACAAUCGAUCCUUAAUAGCAUCCCAAGGCGAGGCGAGUGUUCCUGUGAAUGGUAGUAGCAGCAAUUCCGUUGGCGCCAGCGACGUGGUCAACAACGGGUCGCUAACUCAACCCCAACACCCGCACAAUCGCACCAGGCACGGAACCCCCGACUGGUUGCCUCAGUCGUUUCUCAGACAGCAAAAUCGCAUCGACAGUAUGGAACGUGCAAUUCUUGCGCGCCGUAUCACAUAUCUGCAUAAUUUAGGCCAUAUUAGACACAAUCCGUACGUCUCGAAUUACCGACAACUUGAUUCAUCAAACCUACUAGGCCAGCCUAGCAGCGUCAGACGCGUCCAUUCGGAUUCGAGUUUAAGCAGCCGAUCGUUGCAGAUUAACACCGAUGUGCGCAAUAAUAACAACAAUAUCAGCAAUGAACCAAACAUCAACGGCAAUGCAGAACGAGAUCCAUUAAGUAGCACGAGGCAAAUGACACCAACGGAAAACUUAUUGCGCCGGGUGGUGAUGUUCAAUGAAGGCAAUGCUAUCCGUGGGCUUGGGAGCCAUGGUGUUUCCGUGUUGACAACAUCGUCGUCGUCGUCGACAUCUUCAUCGUUAUCAUUGGCAUCGUCUUCAUCCCUAGUUUCGAACGAAGCAUCGACAGAUACUAAUGCUUUUCGUCGAAAUAUUCAUAAUCAUUUGUUGACCAGUUUAAUGGCACAGGAACAGUUGAACAAUAAUCGUAAUAAUAAUAGUACAAGUAACAACGAUAGAUUAGACAUGCAGUCGUGAGUUUGGAGUACGGAUUUCGCAUAAGGAAGGAGA